CCUCGCCAGCAGCAGCAGCAGCAGCAGCAGCAGCAGGAGGCGGCGGCGGUCGCGAUUCUGGUGGUGGAGAGAGCGAGGCAGUGCGAGCGCCGCUGCCGCCCCCUGUUACCCGGGAGCCGCAGCAGGUCCGGGUGGAGGGACGCCGGAGCGCGCCGGCGGCGGAGGGAGCCAGAGAGGCGGUGGCAGCAGCGGCAGCAGGAGUCUGUGCCCGGCCCCCCCCCUCCCCCUCCGCUCAGUCCCGUUACAGUCCCCCUCCCUCCGCGCUCCGCUCCGUAGCCACCAACAUGUCGGCGCCGGCGGCCAAAGUCAGUAAGAAGGAGCUGAACUCCAACCACGAUGGGGCCGACGAGACCUCAGAAAAAGAGCAACAGGAAGCAAUUGAACACAUUGAUGAAGUACAGAACGAAAUAGACAGACUGAAUGAGCAAGCCAGCGAGGAAAUCUUGAAAGUAGAACAGAAAUACAACAAACUCCGCCAGCCAUUCUUCCAGAAGAGGUCAGAGCUGAUCGCCAAAAUCCCCAACUUCUGGGUAACAACAUUUGUCAACCACCCACAAGUAUCUGCACUGCUGGGAGAAGAGGAUGAGGAGGCACUGCAUUAUCUGACCAGAGUCGAGGUGACAGAAUUCGAAGACAUCAAAUCAGGUUACAGAAUAGAUUUUUAUUUUGAUGAGAAUCCCUACUUUGAAAAUAAAGUUCUCUCCAAAGAGUUUCACCUCAAUGAAAGUGGAGAUCCAUCUUCAAAAUCAACUGAGAUCAAAUGGAAAUCUGGGAAGGAUCUGACAAAACGUUCGAGCCAGACACAGAACAAAGCCAGUAGGAAGAGGCAGCAUGAAGAGCCAGAAAGCUUCUUCACCUGGUUCACUGACCACUCUGAUGCAGGGGCUGAUGAGCUAGGAGAAGUCAUCAAGGAUGACAUCUGGCCCAACCCACUGCAGUACUACUUGGUUCCUGAUAUGGAUGAUGAAGAAGGAGAGGGAGAGGAGGAUGAUGAUGAUGAUGAAGAGGAAGAAGGAUUGGAGGAUAUUGAUGAAGAAGGAGAUGAAGAUGAAGGGGAGGAAGAUGAAGACGACGAUGAGGGAGAGGAAGGAGAGGAGGACGAAGGAGAAGAUGACUGAUUGAACACUGAUGGAUUCCAAACCCCCUUUUUACCUUUUUAAUUUUUCUCCAGUCCCUGGGAGCAAGUUGCUGUCUUUUUUUUCUUGUGCUCAGUCGCCUUGUUCUCUUGAGGUCUCUUUUUCUCUCCUCUACACCAUGGUUCACAAUUUAUUUUGGGGGCAUACCUUGAGCAGAGUACAGUGGAAAAGAAUCUACCAGUUUCUGUUUCAAGUUCAUUUUUAUCCCUUUCUGUCUCAAAACAAAAAACUGUUUAUGGAAUCAACACACCAUGUUCUGUGGGAAAAAAGAAAACCUUCUGCUCCCUUCACUCUGCUGGAAGCUGAAGGGUGCUAGGCCCCUGUGUAGUAGUGCAUAGAAUCUAGCUUUUUUCCUCCUUUCUCUGUAUAUUGGGCUCAGAGAUUACACUGUGUCUCUAUGUGAAUAUGGACAGUUAGCAUUUACCAACAUGUAUCUGUCUACUUUCUCUUGUUUUAAAAAAAAGAAAAAGAAAAAAAAAAAAAAAAACACCAACCUGGGGUUCUAGAAGGUCAGCGGGGGUGGGUUCAGAGCUGGGGGUGGGUUGAGUGGGCAUUUUGACAACAUGGCUUCUUCUCCUUUGGCAUGUUUAAUUGUGAUGUUUAACAAACAUCCCUGCAGUUUAAGAUGACACUUUUAAAAUGAAAUCUUCUCCUAAUGAUCAAUUUGAGCCCUGCCACUUGAUGGAGAAUCAGCAGAACCUGUAGGAUCUUAUUUGGAAUUGCCAUUCUCUAUUGUAAUUUUGUUCUUGGUUAUUUUUUCUUAUCUUUUUGUUUUGUUUUGUUUUGUUUUUUGUUUUGUUUCACUGGAAAGGAAAGAAAGAUGCUGAGUUUUAAACGUUAAAGUGUACAAGUUGCUUUGUUACAAUAAAACUAAAUGUGUACACAAA